UUCUCCUUGGACUUGGACCAGUUUCUUGAACUCCCCGGCAAGCCUCACGGCGUUGACGUUCACGAACGCUCCCUUUUUCGUGGUUUGUUUUCUGUUUUCAAAUUUUGGUUUUCCGGACGUGUUUUAUUUUCCGGUGGUCGGUUUUUCAGCUGUCGGUUCCGUGACCGUCGACCGUGAUAAUUCUAGUAGUGCGUUGAAAUUUGAGAUCAGUGCAAAGUGCAGUCUGGACGUGCCAAAUAAAAUUAAAACAAAACAAAAAUAAAAACGAAACGAAACGAGAGCAAGUGUGACCUGUGCGGUGGCAAAAGCGAAGAACAUAACUCAGAUAUUGCCAGGAACCUGUUUGAAACCCCCCUCGUGUGCAGUCGAAGUGGAUUGCAUAUCGUGUGCUUUUCUGUCUGUCGUCGCCAAGUACGGGUCGGAUUUAAAGAUCGUUAUCUGCGCUGGUGGAGAACGGAAAAGUUGGAAAUCAGAUUAACGAAAAGCUCUAAUUAGCAGCAGCAGUAGCAGCCGGAGCAUCGGCAGCAUCGACAGAAACGAAGUGAAGCGAACAGCACAGAAAAAAAAAUCGGAAGUUUGAAGAGUUAUCACUGGAUCUCAAGUGUUGGAAAAGUCUCGUAGUUUGAAGGCACAAGCAAAUGCGAGUCAAGUGUUUGGAAUAAAUUAGAUUGAAAAAGAAAAAAAAGUGCAACAACCGAACAAACGAAGCGACUAUACACAAAAGAGUGGUAGCUGAUAGUCAGUGAUUUGGCUUGGCGGCAGGCAGCAGCACCAGCAGAGCAUAGCAUAGAUCCUAUCUAGUGCAGAGUGUGGUGGCUUGGUGAUCCAGUUCGGAACGAUGUGGAAGUCGGCAGCAGUAAUACUGGUAGCAGCAACAGCAGCGGUCUUUCUGAUCGAGGCCAGCUAUGCAAAAGAAGCCAUCCCCGCUCUGGUAGACACAGAAUCUGCCAGCCGACAGAGCAAAGCUGUUUCGACGCACUGUCCACGGUCCUGCCCGGUGGCAUCGACCCCACAGGAACCGAUCUGCGCUAGCGAUGGUCUGAUUUACGCCAACACCUGUGAGAUGAAGAAAAAAACCUGCACGAAAAAUGCACCGAACACGGUAACGGAGGACAAGAAAGGAUGCGAACGAUCGCAGGGCUCUCAGUGUGCACACCGCUGCCCAACGGAGAAGGAUCUGGUGUGCGGAACUGACGGCAGAACGUAUCUGAACCGGUGCAUGUUGCGAGUUCAAGCAUGCCGCGUCGGAACGGCCGCUGUCUCGUUGGCCCACGUCGGACCCUGUGCCAAUGGAAGUGUCAUUCGUGAAUCCUGCCCAGUGGACUGCAACAGUGCCCCUCAGGAUGGACCGGUUUGCGCAUCGGACGGAAACGUUUACAACUCGACCUGCCAGAUGAAGCUGAUGACAUGCGGACAGGGUGUGGUUAGAACCAGUCGGAAACACUGCCAAAGCACGCGAAAUUGUCGUGAAUCUUGCUGGAGAGUGGCACGUCCUACCUGUGGUUCCGACGGUCGUCUGUACGCCAGUGCAUGUAAAAUGCGAUCAUCAAACUGUGGCAAACACGUUUUCGAAGUCCCCAUCUCGUAUUGCAUGUCCCAGGAGCGUGCCGGUGGAAGCUCGAUGGCUGCUACCAACAAAAUUGAAGACUGCCCUACGGAAUGCUCCCGUGAGGCACAGCAAAUGAUCUGCGGUAACGACGGUAACGUAUACACGUCCAUGUGUGAACUGAAGAUGCUGAACUGCGGACAGCGCAAAAAGAUACAGGCAGUUUCCGUGGACCGGUGCAAACAGAAGCUAAGCCGCUGCAAAUCUAUUCCGGCCUGCAAACAUCAUAGUAAAAAUGGAGUAUCGAUCUUCGGGGACCAGAAAGAUCUGCUGUGCGGUACGGAUUCACGAACAUACCACAACGAAUGCGAAUUAGCGAGGGCCACCUGUUUACGUGGCGUCCAGUUAGCCCACAUUGGAGCCUGCACUCAACUGAAGACAAAGGCGGAAAACAGCGAGUGCGCCCAGUGCACCUACGAAGAGGAACAGCUUGGCCCGAUCUGCGGAUCCGACGGUAACACCUAUCGGUCCAAGUGCGAACUGAAACAGAAAACGUGCGGACUUCGAGUGGUACCGGUAUCGCUGAAGAACUGUGCCACAACUGCCCAGUGCGAGGCCAGCUGCGAAUCGGUUCCCACGAACUACAUCUGCGGUUCAGACAACAAACUCUACCCGAACGAGUGCUUCAUGAGGCGAGAGAACUGCGGAAAACAUAUGUUCAUUGUGCCGAUGAAGCGCUGUCUGGCGGCCUUUACCUUCAAGGGAUGCUCCCGGAUUUGCCCGCAGGAAUUCGAGCCCGUUUGCGGUACCGACGGAAAGACCUACUCGAACGAGUGCUUCCUCAGUAUCGAAAAUUGCCGAUCACGGUCGCAGGUGCACAAAAAGCACAUAGGUCCUUGCGGACGACCCGAGGAACCAUCGCACAACUAUCUGUACUGAAUCAACAAAUCUUCCGAAUUGCCACACAAAACACAAGUCAAUACCCUUCCGUCUCCCAUUCUCACACUGGAGCUCACGUCUGAUAAAAAAAACGGUACGAAUUUUUACUGUCUAGCUAGCUGGUAGGGCUGUUAAAAUAUGGCAUCUGAAUUUAUUAAAUUGUCCUAAACAAAACAAAAAACAUUCUCGUGUGGAGGAGAUCCAGAAGGGACGAAAGACAAGUACGUUCUGCAGCACACUGCCACGAACUUUCGCGAAAGAAGAACUGAACAACAACAAAAAAUAAAAAGACUUGAUAAAAGAAAAUGACAAAAUACUAAUCUUUUCGAUACAACCUUUUUCUCGUGAAAUGUACACUUUUUCUAUCGUAAGUCGAAUGUGUUUCUUUUUUUAUUUACUAUCGCGAAACUGUUUUUAAAUAGAAAUCGCCAUCCGAACCACGGAUAGCCGCUCUUUUAUUAGUUCAAAUGCUAAGUUUUAGUUUUUAGAGAACAUGUAAAAAGAUACGAAAACCCUUUCAGUGUUUUUUUAAACCGUAUAAUUUUGUAGUCAAACAUUAGUUCGAGUACUAAAACAAACAAAAAAAACAAAAACUUGUAAUUUAUUGUCCAAGUACUGAUUAAAAUCAAACGAAGCCUUAGUGCUGAAAGAAAAAUUGGAAGAUCAACUGAAAUAAACAACAAAAAAAAUUAAUUUAUUAAAAUUAUAGUAAAUAGGUUUGAAAGCUUGUCCCAGUCAGUGUUAGCAAAAAAAAAAGUAUUCAUGCAGCUUCAGGUAAUGAUUCACCAUGGAGUAAGAAAUGGGAUUUUAAAUUUAUACGAAAACGUGAAAGCCGGACGCACUAGUUCACAAAACAAAAGUCGAAUCUGUUCGCUUUUUGAUGUAGUAAUGUGGAUUCUGCUGAAAUUAUAAUAAACAGUUAAGAAAAACUA